AUAAUAAAACAAAGCGUCGACUGCUUUCUUCUAUUUGAAAACGAUAACAAACGUUUUCUUUUUUUGAGAAGCAAGUAAUUAAAAAUGGAAGUUAAAAGAGAAGUUGAUGACUCACAGAAAGUUGAAAAUGAGCAGAGCAAUCUUGAAGAAGAUUGUGAGAGAAAUUUACCGGCCUGGAUGUUGACAUCUGACGAAACUCUCACCCAGGACGAAGAGAGUGCCAAAAGUCCGCCUCCAGCCGAAGUUAAAGAGGAAACUACUGAAACAGCAGCAGCAACUUCAGCUGAUGGAAUGUCAGAAAAUAAGCGAAUCCCUUGCAAAUAUGGAGACGGCUGUUACAGAAGAAACCCUGCUCAUAAAGAAGAAUUCAGUCAUCCCGGGGAUGAUGACUACAGGGUUUUUCAAGAAGGUGAAGAGGGUGAAGAAGGUCCUCAAAAUGAUGACAAUAAGCCAGAAUGUCAAUAUGGAACUUCCUGCUAUCGUCAAAACCCACAACACAAAAGAGACUUCAAGCACACACAACCACCACGUGUGGACACACCAGAGGACUCCCCACAAAAGAAGAAAACCCGGAGACCAGCAAAAAGACCCAGACCCACAGAUUCAGACUAUGAAUCGGAAGGCGAUAAAGACUACGAUCUCGAGGACUCUUUUAUCGACGACACUGAAGAUGAGGAAGAAAAUGCAGAAGAAGAUGAAGAUUACGUACCUGAUGUUAACGAUCAAGUCGAUCCAGAGCUUUUGAAAGAAGAUCAGUGGGAAGCUUCACCCGAAGAUGCCCCAGAAGUUUUGGAGCUUUUGAAGGAAGCCCGUGACUAUUUGAGAAACAAAAAUUUGCAAAAAUAAGUUCACGUAAUAAUGCUUUUUAAUUUUAUAUUUUUAUAUAUACAUAAUGUUUCUAAAAUGUCAUAAUCCAGAACCCUCGUAUUCAUUCGUAACUGAAAUUGUUCUAAUGAUGUGCCUAUCAAAAAAUUUUACUGGAAUAAUAAAGAUUUGACCUAA